CUAACGCAGUCAUAUCCUCCCUCGGCAGCUCCACCCCACAGCAAGCGGGAGAUUUGAAGGGAAGAGGCGGCGACAUGGUGGAGGGCCCGUGCUGCGCGCUGUUUGCGGAGCGGCUGCGGGCGCGAGUGCGUCGGGGUCAGGCGGUGCGCAGCGCGCGGGGCAGCGCUCUGCCGGCUGGGGCUCGCGCUGCGACUGCUGCAAGUGAGGAGAGAACCUCUAGUCAUGAUUUCCUUACUGGACAAGUUUUCAAGGGUGUGGAAACACUGGGAAAGGAAUUUUUUAUGUAUUUUGAUCAAAAAGCUUUGAGGAUUCACUUUGGUAUGAACGGUUCCAUGCGCAUUAAUCCUGAUGGAAGUAAAGACAGAAAUGGAGCAUUACCAGUUUUGGAGAUACAACUUAUAGAAGAUACUAUUUGUUUCUUUGAGGUGACAGUAGAGUAUAGAAAUGUAGCAGAGUGUGAGCAGAAAGUAAGAAUGAUGGAAAGCUUGGAUGUCUGCUCUCCAAAGUUUAGCUUCUUAAGAGCAGAAAGUGAAGUAAAGCAGCAGAAAACCCAGAUGUUAUGUGAUGUGUUACUGGAUCAAACAGUAUUACCUGGAGUUGGAAAUAUCAUAAAAAAUGAAGCACUAUUUGACAGCGGUCUCCAUCCAGCUGCUAAAGUUUGCCAAUUGACAGAUGAGCAUAUACGUCACUUGGUGAAAAUGACACGUGACUUUACCCUGCUUUUUUAUAAGUGCCGCAAAACUGGGUCUCCACUCUACAAACACUACAAAGUAUACAGGCGCCAAACCUGCGGUCAGUGCAAUGAGAAAAUCACUGUGUGUCGUUUAGGAGAGAAUAACAGGAUGACUUACUUCUGCUCUCGAUGUCAAAAGGCUGAUCCCCAGCUUGUCAAUGUUAGCAAACUGCCAACUAGAAAUAGCCUAAUUGGCUGGGCAUGUGGCAGGGGGUCAUGUUCUAAUGAACAUGUAGCUCAGAAAUGUGAAGAAGAGUGGACGUGUAUGCGCUGUACCCUAAUAAACAAGCCUUCUGCUGAAACUUGUGAUGCCUGUUUGACUUCAAGGCCUGAAGUGAGUUCUUCAUUGAAGACAGAGGAUGUUGAAGAUUCCACAGACUUUAACAUAAAUCUCAUUAAAUACCCUUGUAAUGACUUCAGAAAACCAAGCAGAGAAAUAAAAAUCAACAGGAAGGCUGCAUUUGGAACUACCACUCUUGUCUUAACAGAUCUUGGUAAUAAAGCAGAAUUGAAAGGUGAUAUCCAAUUACCUGAUGGAUGCUCUGAGUAUGUUACUCCAAAAGGCAAUCUCAGCCAGAAUCAAAAUAAUGUCUACCACUCAGGAAUAAGCAUAGACAAGUAUUGCUCAACAAAUGUAACUUCUCUGGCUUCAUCUUCUGGUCAGGAGCCUCCCUCUUUCAAGCCCACAAAGAAGAAGCAGAAAACUCAUCACGUAUCUUCUGUUCACCAAUAUAAUGUAACAAUUGGCAAACCUCAAGUUAAUUCAACAGAUGAUAUUCAUACACUGCACACAGGCCCUCCUCAUUGCAGUAAACACGGUCACCUCUGCAAACUCAGAAUUGUGAGGAAGGAUGGGGAAAACAAGGGCAGGAUGUUUUAUAGCUGUCCUCUACCCACAGAAACUCGGUGCAACUAUUUUCAAUGGGCUGAUUUGAAUUUUCCAUUUUGUCACCAUGGCAAGCGAUGCGUUAUGAGGAUGGUGCUGAAGCUUGGUCCCAAUAAUGGAAAGAAUUUCUUUGUGUGCCCAUUAGGAAAGGAAAAACAGUGUGGCUUUUUUCAGUGGGCAGAAAAUAAGCCAAUUACACAGUCUACUCCUUGAUGAUAUCGUUAUCUAAGACAUCCUAAGAAAUAGAUAAGUACAGCUCUCAUUGGUCAUUUCUGUUUUGUUGUCACCUGUUUUUCCUGUUCACUGAUUGAUUAGUCAAAUUGCUCCCAUAACUAAGUAAAAACUACAGAUUACUCUAUCCCAAUUUUAAAAAGUCCUAUAACAUUAAACACUGCUUGUAUGCUGCAUACUAACUUGCAGUAUAUUGUGACACACAAUAUUUCAUAUUCAUAUAACAAUAGUUAUAUUUCCAGUCAAAUAAUUGAACUGCUUUCUAUUUUUCAUGUAAAUAUCACUGCACUGUCAGCACUGCACAUUUUCAAGCUGAUAUGCAUUAUGGAAUGGAUCUUAAUCUGAAUUUGUACUUCAAAUUGGUAGUCUUAUAAACAGGUAUUUAAUGAAUAAAAUUUACUGCCCUCUUCAAUAUAGCUUCGUGCUUUAUUUCUUCAGAGCUUGAAAAGAAACAACAGACUGUACAUUUUAAAUUUUACUACAGCUGGAUGUUUGACCUUCCUAGAUUUGGAAAACAGACACACGCUGCCCCACAGUUAAUAAUAUGACUCUGCAUUUUUCUUAAUUAUAUGUUUUAAAUCUGGAUCUUAACAUUUGAUUCUGGUUGCUAUUCAAUUUCUUCCCUAAUCUGUGUUAAAUGUGUAAUAAAACCAUUCCAGACCAUUCCACUUGGGUGGUUAAAACACAACUGAAAACUUGUAAAUGGUUUACAAUUGCUCAAUAUUGCUUUUUUUGAGUAUUUUUGGUUGGAAGGACUUGCAGGGAAGAUGGUACUUGGAAUUAAAGAAAACUCAAUUUUCCUGAGAAAUCUGUGGAACUAGAGUCCAGUUUAAAGCCUCAAUGCCAUGCUGUGAGUGAAACCAAUUAAUUUUUGUCCUUGCCAUCAACUUCAGAGGAGACUUUCUUCUUUCUCUUUUCAGUAGCCUAUGCCAUAUUUCAAGACCUUUAAAUGUUUCCUUAUGUGAUGGUAAUCUUCCUUUU